CCGGGGGCGGGGUCGGGGCGGAGCGGGGCAACGCUCUCCACUCUGAAGCGCUGCCUUGGUGGUUCAGCAGAACUCUUUGGCGGGAGAUCAUGUCGGCCGUGGUAGCUCAGACGCUGCAUGUUUUUGGUCUUCGAUCCCACGUGGCCAACAAUAUCUUCUACUUCGAUGAACAGAUCAUUAUAUUUCCUUCAGGAAAUCACUGUGUGAAGUACAAUGUGGAUCAGAAAUGGCAAAAAUUCAUUCCAGGCUCAGACAAGAGUCAGGGCAUGUUGGCCUUGUCCAUCAGUCCCAAUCGGCGGUAUCUCGCUAUCUCUGAGACUGUGCAAGAAAAACCUGCCAUCACCAUUUAUGAAUUGUCAUCCAUCCCUUGCCGGAAGCGCAAAGUUCUUAAUAAUUUUGACUUCCAAGUUCAGAAAUUUAUUAGCAUGGCUUUUUCUCCAGACUCCAAAUACCUGUUGGCUCAGACAUCACCUCCAGAGUCAAAUCUUGUCUAUUGGCUGUGGGAAAAACAGAAAGUAAUGGCCAUUGUUAGAAUCGACACUCAGAACAACCCUGUCUACCAGGUGAGCUUCAGUCCACAGGAUAACACUCAGGUGUGUGUCACUGGAAAUGGGAUGUUUAAGCUUCUCCGUUUCACUGAGGGAACCCUGAAGCAAACCAAUUUUCAGAGGGGAGAACCCCAAAACUAUCUAGCCCACACCUGGGUGGCUGAUGACAAGAUUAUUGUUGGCACUGACACAGGCAAACUCUUCCUCUUUGAAUCUGGAGAUCAGCGUUGGGAGACCAGCAUAAUGGUCAAAGAACCCACCCAUGACUCAAAGAGCCUGGAUGUCAUCCAGGAAUCAGAGAGCCUGAUCGAAUUUCCACCAAUCAGUUCUCCACUCCCUUCCUAUGAACAGAUGGUGGCGACCAGUAGCCACAGCCAGCUGUCCAUGCCCCAGGUGUUUGCCAUUGCAGCCUAUUCAAAGGGAUUUGCCUGUUCUGCUGGGCCAGGGAGAGUUCUGCUGUUUGAGAAGAUGGAAGAAAAGGAUUUUUACCGUGAGAGCAGAGAAAUCAGGAUUCCUGUGGACCCGCAGAGCAAUGAUCCAAGUCAGUCUGACAAACAGGACGUUCUCUGCCUAUGCUUCAGCCCCUCAGAGGAAACUCUGGUUGCCAGCACCAGUAAGAACCAACUCUACAGCAUCACCAUGUCCCUGACAGAAAUCAGCAAGGGGGAGCCUGCUCACUUUGAGUAUUUGAUGUAUCCAUUGCACUCAGCACCCAUCACCGGUCUAGCUACCUGCAUCCGCAAACCCCUCAUAGCCACCUGUUCUCUGGAUCGAUCCAUCCGCAUUUGGAAUAUAAAAACAGAAUGUGUACGUUCACAAGAAGCUACGUUUUGUGCUGACAGAAGGGCCUACAGCAGGAAAGGAUGUUCUGCUCAGUCUAGUGGAGCACCUGAGGAGUCUGCACCCUUUUCUGUGUUAGGAUGUAUGUGUGUAUAUGCUCUUCACUGGAUAUGUCUUCCUCUCCUACAGAUUCGCUCAAUUGUGUGGAAUGCAGAUGAUAGCAAACUGAUUUCUGGUGGCACAGAUGGUGCUGUGUAUGAGUGGAAUCUGUCCACAGGAAAGAGAGAGACAGAAUGCGUGCUCAAGUCUUGCAGCUACAACUGUGUUACUGUCUCCCCCGAUGCCAAAAUUAUCUUUGCUGUUGGAUCAGACCACACCCUCAAGGAGAUUGCCGAUUCCUCGAUCCUUCGAGAGAUAUCGGCGUUUGACGUCACCUACACCACCAUUGUCAUCUCACAUUCCGGACGCAUGAUGUUUGUGGGCACCUCAGUGGGAACCAUUCGUGCCAUGAAGUACCCUCUGCCUCUGCAGAAGGAAUUCAAUGAGUACCAGGCCCAUGCCAGUCCUAUCACCAAGAUGUUGCUUACCUUUGAUGAUCAAUUCCUGCUGACUGCUGCUGAGGAUGGCUGCCUGUUCACCUGGAAGGUCUUUGAUAAGGAUGGCCGGGGAAUCAAGCGAGAGAGGGAGGUGGGCUUUGCCGAAGAGGUGCUUGUGACUAAAACAGACAUGGAAGAAAAGGCUCAGGUUAUGUUGGAGCUAAAGACUCGUGUGGAGGAAUUAAAAAUGGAGAAUGAGUAUCAACUCCGACUAAAGGACAUGAACUAUUCUGAGAAGAUUAAGGAGCUAACAGACAAGUUCAUCCAGGAAAUGGAGUCCUUGAAAACAAAAAACCAGGUCUUAAGAACAGAAAAAGAAAAGCAGGAUGUUUAUCACCGUGAGCACAUAGAAGACCUCCUAGACAAGCAAAGCCGGGAACUGCAAGACCUGGAAUGUUGCAACAACCAAAAGUUGCUUCUAGAAUAUGAGAAGUACCAGGAGCUGCAGCUCAAGUCCCAGAGGAUGCAGGAAGAGUAUGAAAAACAGCUCCGGGAUAAUGAUGAGACCAAGAGCCAGGCCCUGGAGGAGCUGACUGAGUUUUACGAGGCCAAACUGCAGGAGAAAACCACCCUUCUGGAAGAGGCACAGGAAGACGUCAGGCAGCAGCUGCGGGAAUUUGAAGAGACCAAGAAGCAGAUUGAAGAAGAUGAAGACCGAGAAAUCCAAGAUAUCAAAACCAAGUAUGAGAAAAAGCUUCGGGAUGAAAAGGAAUCAAACUUGCGGCUCAAGGGAGAAACAGGCAUCAUGAGGAAGAAGUUCAGCAGCCUGCAGAAGGAGAUUGAAGAACGAACCAAUGACAUCGAGACCCUAAAAGGAGAGCAGGUGAAGCUGCAAGGAGUCAUUAAGUCUCUGGAGAAGGACAUCCAAGGCCUCAAGCGAGAGAUCCAGGAAAGAGACGAGACUAUUCAGGACAAGGAGAAGCGAAUUUAUGAUCUGAAAAAGAAAAAUCAAGAACUAGGGAAAUUCAAGUUUGUGCUUGACUACAAAAUAAAGGAGCUGAAGAAGCAAAUAGAACCUCGAGAAAAUGAGAUCAGGGUGAUGAAGGAACAGAUUCAGGAAAAUGACCCGUGGCCCCAGAGGGUCGAGAUUCGCUCAUACAACUUCACAAAGCAGGCGAGGAAGGUGCCUCUCUGGGGAGCCCUGCCUCAGAUGGAAGCCGAACUGGAGAAUUUCCAUAAGCAGAACACUCAACUGGAGCUGAACAUCACAGAAUUGUGGCAGAAACUGAGAGCCACCGAUCAGGAGAUGCGCAGAGAGAGACAGAAGGAGCGAGACUUGGAAGCGCUCGUCAAAAGGUUCAAAACAGACCUCCACAACUGCGUAGCCUAUAUUCAGGAGCCGCGGCUGCUGAAGGAGAAGAUUCGAGGUCUCUUUGAGAAGUACGUGCAGCGAGCAGACAUAGUGGAGAUCGCAGGGCUGAACACAGACCUGCAGCAGGAGUACGCCCGGCAGCGGGAGCAUCUGGAGAGGAACCUGGCCACUCUCAAGAAGAAGGUAGUCAAGGAGGGCGAGCUGCACCGCACAGACUACGUCCGCAUCAUGCAGGAAAAUGUCUCUCUGAUCAAGGAAAUUAAUGAGCUCCGCAGGGAGCUGAAGUUCACUCGGUCCCAAGUUUAUGACCUCGAAGCAGCUCUGAAACUGACCAAGAAAGUCCGACCACAAGAAGUUUCAGAGACAGAACCCAGCAGGGACAUGCUCAGCACGGCUCCCACCGCAAGGUUGAACGAGCAAGAAGAAACUGGGAGGAUCAUCGAAAUGCAGCGCCUAGAAAUCCAGCGCCUCAGAGACCAGAUCCAAGAGCAAGAGCAGAUCACAGGGUUCCACACCCUUGCUGGAGUUCGGCUUCCUUCCCUCUCCAACUCUGAGGUAGACUUAGAGGUGAAGACCAACUGACCCCCUCUGGUGAGCCAUCUCCAGCCACAACCAGAAGAAACACAGCGUGUCUGUCCCCAGGCCAGAUUUGCGGUUGGAGUCUGUAUGGUCCCUGCAGCACUGACCCCAGCAACCUCUUUCUCUUGCCCUGGGGAAUCUGGGACACAGAAUAAAGAUGUUUGCCCACA